AUGGCCGAUGUGGAAAUGCAAGAUGCAAGCUCAGCAAAAGACAAGGCUGUAAAGACCUCGAAGAACGCAGCUGGCGAAGCCUCCGAGGGCAAGAAGCGCUUCGAAGUCAAGAAGUGGAAUGCCGUUGCUCUCUGGGCCUGGGAUAUCGUCGUCGAUAACUGCGCUAUUUGCCGUAAUCACAUCAUGGACUUGUGUAUUGAAUGUCAAGCAAAUCAAGGGUCAUCCACCACAGAAGAGUGUACAGUGGCAUGGGGUAUCUGCAACCACGCCUUCCACUUCCACUGCAUCUCUCGAUGGUUGAAGACUCGACAAGUUUGCCCGCUAGAUAAUAGAGACUGGGAAUUCCAGAAGUACGGCCGAUGA